GCUAUGAGGUGUGCAGAAUGAUGAUGGAGGUCAUGGGUUUAGGAGGUGCUACCAAAUAAGCCUUGGUGAGUUGCUACAGUGCAUCCUGGAGGGAAUAUAUACUGUAGCAAUGGCGUCAGUGAUGGAGGGAGUGGAUGUUUGAGGUGGUGUGCUGCCAUUUGAGCAGACCGCUUUUUCCUGGGUGGAGCAUCUUGAGUGUUACAGCUAUCCAGUCGGCAAUUUUCAACUUUCAGAGUCUACUGACGGUGAUACUACUCCUGAUUUGUACCUGUGCCUACAUCAGGGCCCUAGCUCCCAGUGUUCUGGACAAGAAUAAAACUGGACUUCUGGGAAUAUUUUGGAAGUGUGCCAGAAUAGGUGAACGAAAAAGUCCCUAUGUCGGCAUAUGUUGUAUAGUAAUGGCAUUCAGUAUUCUCUUUAUACAGUAACAAUUAGCUCGAAAGGGGCAGCACUAUGGAUAAUGGACAUUGGUUAAAAUACACAGCAGAUGAACUUUAUAAUUGUGAAAAUGAUCCACAAAUGGCAACUUCCAAAAUCCAUGUUGUGCUUAUUGCAUCACAAGCUUUUCUUAGCAGUGACAUCAACGACAACUCUCUUAUUGGACCAAGAACUGAGAUAUUUGGGAUAGAACUCCACUGUGGCUGAUUUUUUUUAAUUGGACUGCAACAACCGUCCUGCACUUGAGAGCUAGAAUCAUUUGAUCAGUUAUUGCUGCGUGUAACAGUCUAAAUAUUGUAUUGUCAAUAAAAAUCUUCAGUGAUU